AACUGACCCUCGUAAAACAGUAAAUAAAUAUUUAUUUUCUUAUAUACUUCAAAUAUUAUGAGCGGGAGUUUCUUUUCUCUCACUUUCACAUUUUCUUUUUCAAAAUUUUUCUGUUUAAAAAAAAAGUUAUUUCUCUCUCAAGAAACUUUCUCUAGAUUUGCUUUGUUCACGCGAUUCAAACUCACGAGUACUUUCUCCUUCUCUAUUCUUCGAAUUUAUUUUUCUUCUAUUUCAUUUGAUUUUUUAAUUUUACUCUUCUUUUCCCUCCCCGAUGCUACUUUUGAUUGCCGACUAAGAGCAGGAAAAACGGAAGUCAAAUGAAAAAAAUUCAAAAACCUUGAGCAAUUAGCCAUUUUGAAAUUUCCUUCACUUUCUCAUCUCCAAAACGCUUGAAAAGAGGAAGCGUAUAAGUAAAAACUGCGGAAUUAAAAGGAUGGGAAUAGAGGAGUACCAUGUAAUAGAGCUAGUAGGUGAAGGUUCUUUUGGUAAAGUAUACAAAGGAAGGCGAAAAUACACUGGCCAGACUGUAGCAAUGAAGUUUAUAAUGAAGCAUGGGAAGACUGAGAAGGACAUCCAUAAUUUAAGACAGGAAAUCGAGAUUCUGCGAAAGUUGAAGCAUGAAAAUAUCAUUGAAAUGGUUGAUUCAUUCGAAAGCCAACAAGAAUUCUGUGUUGUCACUGAAUUCGCGCAAGGUGAUCUGUUUCAGAUUCUAGAGGAUGAUAAGUGCCUUCCUGAGGAACAAGUUCAAGCAAUUGCUAAGCAAUUGGUGAGAGCAUUGCAUUACUUACAUUCCAAUCGGAUCAUCCACCGUGACAUGAAGCCACAAAACAUUCUCAUUGGUGCUGGCUCUGUUGUUAAGCUUUGUGAUUUUGGGUUUGCACGUGCAAUGUCCACAAAUACUGUUGUUUUACGAUCCAUAAAAGGCACGCCUUUGUACAUGGCCCCAGAGCUCGUGAGAGAACAGCCCUACACCCACACCGUAGACCUCUGGUCUCUUGGAGUUAUAUUGUAUGAAUUAUUUGUUGGACAGCCUCCCUUUUAUACAAAUUCAGUAUAUGCACUCAUCCGGCACAUAGUUAAGGAUCCAGUCAAAUACCCCGAUGAAAUGAGUGCAAGUUUCAAAAGCUUUCUGAAGGGAUUGCUUAAUAAGGUACCUCAAAAUCGGUUGACAUGGCCGGAACUCCUUGAACAUCCAUUUGUUAAAGAAACCUUCGAUGAAGUGGAGGCCAGGGAGGUGCGUGCUACAAUCACUACAGCCAGGCAAUCUGAUUUUUCAUUGAGGGGUGAGGGAAACAAUAUCCAAACACCAAAUGGUAAAGGCAAUUCUCCUGCUGCUUCAGAGACUUGUAAUGCUCCAAGCCUUCAGAGUGAUGCUCAACAACAUAAUCCUAAUACUGUCCAGGGAAAUUCAGUACUUAAUGAGGAGUUUCCUGGAUUUUCAAAUCCCAAUGAUGUUAAACAGACAGGUAACUCAGUGUUAGACAAAUUGGAAAAUAACUCCUCCACAGUUAAUGGCGCACAAAUUAUUGGUCAGGAUAAUGAAGCAUUGGCACUUGUUUUGCUGCCAAUCAAAAGAUGGUCAGAAGGAUCUCAAAAUGCUUGCAGGGAUCAAGAUAUUCUCCAUUCAAAUCAGUCAUUGAGAAUUCUUUCAAAUUUAGUUGAAGCUGGUGCUCUCCAUUCUGUUGGAAUUCUGGACGAAAUAAUGUGUGAACUUCUUAAUUUUACUGCCAUUUUAGUUGGUUUGAAAUCACCUGAUGUUAUUGAGUUAGUAGCGAAGAGUUUUUCAGUUACUAAAAUCCUGUUGGCAGAAAAUAAUGGAAGUGAUGUUGCCAGUUCAUAUUUCAAGCACUGGGUUGUCUUAGUUGAAAUUUUCUCACAGGUUGUCAGCCACAUUGAAGAUGCCUCUGGGAGAGUUUUCUCUGAGUCUUGUGAGUGCAUCACAACUAUAUUAGUUAGAGUAUCUCAGGGUCUUCGGGCAUAUUCUUCGACACAGGUUCCUAAGGGGAUCUCGUCUCCCUCUGUUGUGAAUGAAUCAUUGAAACAGAUUUUGGACCAUGCUGUAACAUCCCGUUUGGUGGACCAUUUAUGUUUAUGUUUAGCAACUUCAGGCUCAAGUCUCAGUUCCGGCUCCACAAAUAUGCUGCGUGCUGCUUGUGAAGCAUGUAGGGCUAUCUGGUCAUUGAUGGAUGCUCAUGAAAUUUUAUUUGUGAAGGAAAAUCCCUGUUUGUUUCCAUUGGAUGCUUUGCAGAGUCAUUCUUUGGUUCGACUUGACAUCAGAGAUCAUGCUCGAGGUUGGCUUGGUGGAAUAGAAUCAGGAAAAAUUGUUGAUGCAAUGACUAGGGCAUUUGUCAGAUCAAAAGCUGUGCAGUUUGCUAUAGUCAAUUGCCUUCAUCAACGUGUAGAGCCAGCACUAUCUGCUUCUAUUCAGAUUUUGUCAAGAUGUUGUCUCCACAAUGGAAUUAUUCCAACUGUUCUUUGUGGCCUUCCCAAUUCCCUGCCCGUUACUACUGUUGUUAGUGGCGGAGCGGAUGGUACCAUAGUUUCGGAGCUAUUCUCUAUGUUAUCAUUAUGUUCAUCAUUAAACAAAGAUGCACAAACAGAGACAGCAAACUUGAAGUGUAAAAUAAGCAAUCCUCGUGCCUUGACUCUGCAUUCAUGCCUUCUCCUUGCUACAAUUGCUCAAUGUUUAAAGUCUACUGGAAGAAACUCUGCUUUAUUUAUGCUUACAACCUCCCCAAAGAAGCAGCUCUCUCGACUUUCAGUCCUUGCUGAGCAUGUUUCUUCUAAUGAUACAACUAUAACUUCAUUACAACCUCAUUCUGCAUCAGCCAUGCUCGCUCUUGCUUCCAUUCUAUCACUUGAAGGUGGACUGUCUGUUGAGUCUUCCGUAUCUGAAAUUGCAGUGCCCUUGAUUCCUCCAACUAGCACACUUUGUGAUCACGUUAAAAUUUCAUCAGACAGUGAAAAUGAAGUUGGCCCUAAGAACCGUAAAUCGGUUCUCUCAUACUGGCAUGGUCUUAGGGAUGGAUGUGUAGGAUUGUUAGAAUCCAAACUGAAAUGGGGAGGACCAUUGGCUGUACAACAGUUGAUUGCAAGUGGUAUUCCUUUGCUUCUUAUUAAUUUGUUGGCUAGCAACCAUUCAAAUGCUUCACGUCAGGGAGUUGAUAGCCCAAAUGAUGGAGUUGGCUUAUCCCCUAUAGGGGUUGUAUGGGCAGUUUCGUCAAUAUGUCACUGCCUUUCAGGUGGAGUUUUAACCUUUCGGCAAACAUUGCUCAGCAGUGAACACAUGAAGCUCAUCUGUAGUUUGAUAUCUGAUGUUCAUCUCAAGCUUGUCAGGUCCUGGGUUGGGCCUGGUGGAGGGAAAGAUGGAGUCACGGAUAUAAUAAAUACAGUAAUUGAUUUCUUAGCAUUUCCUUUUGUUGCUGUACAAAAUGCUCCUGGAUUGCCAGCUGCUACCGCUUCUGUAAAUAGUGGGUUCAUUCUUAACAUGGGUUCACCUGCUGGGAAAGUUGGAAUGGAAGACAAGGACAUGGUGAAAGCAAUUGAGGAAGAUAUGGGGAAAUAUAUUAAAAUCCUCCUGGAGGUGGGAAUGCCUGGCAUUGUUCUUCGCUCUUUGGAACAAUUAGAGACAAAGGAUCUGGGAAGGGCUGUUGCCUUUCUUGCCAAAAUGAUAGGACAUCGACCACUUGCAGUUCAACUUGUUGGGAAGGGGAUGUUGGAUCCAAAUAGAAUGAGAAGGUUGCUUGAUUCUUCAAGUCCAAGAGAAGCAACACUGGACACUUUGAUGAUUAUUUCUGAUCUAGCUCGCAUGGAUAAGGGUUUUUAUGAAUUCAUUAAUGGGGCUUCAAUUUUAGAUACUCUCCGGGGCUUUCUCACUCAUGAAGAUCCCAAUGUUCGUGCCAAAGCUUGCAAUGCUCUAGGCAACAUGUGUCGCCAUAGUGCAUACUUCUAUGAUUCACUAGCAAGACAUGACAUCAUUGGUCUCCUUAUUGAUCGAUGUGCUGAUCCAGACAGACGGACAAGGAAAUUUGCAUGUUUUGCAAUUGGGAAUGCUGCCUACCAUAAUGAUAUGUUGUAUGAAGAACUCAGGAGAUCUAUACCUCAACUAGCAAAGCUGCUGCUUUCAGCAGAGGAAGACAAGACUAAGUCAAAUGCUGCGGGUGCACUGAGUAAUCUUGUACGCAACUCCAACAAGCUCUGCGAAGAAAUCAUCUCCAAGGGGGCCAUGCAGGCGUUAUUAAAAUUGGUAGCCGACUAUUCAGUAGUUGCUUUAAACCCAAGCAAAAAAAAUGCUAUUAAUGAGUCACCUUUAAAGAUAGCUCUUUUUUCACUGGGAAAGAUGUGUGCAUAUCCACAUUGCCGACAGUUCCUCCGUUCAUCAGAGUUGUUCCCAGUGAUUGGACGGCUUCGGCAAUCCCCAGAAUCAAGCAUUUCAAAGCUAGCCUUAGCUAUUGUAAGCAAAGUUACUGAUGCAUGACGCCUGAAGGUAAAAUAGUUAAUGGUCAUUUCUUUUGACCUUACCAACUUGAUUUCCACUAAAUCAUUGAUGGUAGUUCUUGGUUGGUAAUACUGAGUCUCAAAAGAACAAAGAAAAUAGCAAAUGAAUCUGAAUCUUGUGAUGCAAGAAAUAUUGUGCUAUAGGUGCUAUAAAGCAUCGGUAUAUAUAUGUUCAAUCUGCUGAGAAUAUGGUUAUUUUUUUUUCUAAAAAAAACAUGAUUGUUACAUCUAACAUUAACGUUGGUUUUCUGCACUUCUGCCAUUGUUUUGAUGUAUUCAGCGGUCAAAUAGUUUGAGCUCAUGGUAGGUUUGGGGUUAGACAAUGGCUUAUGUUUCCCUGAACAUAUUGUUGGGGUUUGCAAGUUUCCCAGUCCGAACCAAUAAUGUUAGAUUAGCCAGAAAGCAAUCCAAUCUGGCAUGUCAAAUUGCCAAAUGACUUGAUUUGGACAGGGAUUUAGAGGGGACAAAAAAUAAGCGGCAACAACUGGUGGAUCAGAAUCAAACAUAUUUUUCAAUCGACUAUAUUUUGUAUCAAUGAUUGAUA